UCUCAGUCGGCAGCACUACGUCCUAAAACCUGUUAGCUCCACCUGACUGUUAUUAUAGUCACCGUUGCAAAUGCCUAAACGAAAACGCGCACCACGUCCAGCCUCUGAAUUGGGGGAAGAUGACUCUGAUAGUUCCUACGACGAAACAUCCCGCACUGAGGUGACAAAGAAGACUAGGAAGACGCGUCAACCAACGCGUACGACGCGCAAGAAGGGCCACGAGGGUGAUGGGUCGACUAUGGUUAACAGUAUCUCAGGCCAUUCAGCGUCUAUGCACGUCAUAAGUGCUGUCGAGUCAAUGCGAGUCGCGCUCCUGGAGUGGUAUGACAGAGUCCAUGACGCUCGAAAAAUGCCUUGGCGCAAGAAGUUUGACCCCUCGUUCGACACUGAGGAGCGUGCACAAAGAGCCUACGAGGUAAUAUUUGACUUCGAACACGAAAAGGCUGCUCAGAGUUGACUCUGACAGAUUCUUAGGUCUGGAUCUCGGAAAUUAUGCUACAACAGACUCAAGUCGCGACAGUGAUACCGUAUUAUAAUAAAUGGAUGGCAAAGUACGUCGACGCACUCAGUUCUCUGGAUCGUCUGACCUAAUUCGUCUAGAUUCCCCACCAUCAGGGACCUUG